CCGCGGCCAGGGCUAGAGCCCGGGGAGGCGCUCGGAGCCGCCAAGCAGCCUCCUGACAGCGGGUGGGGAACCGCGGAGCUGGUCUGGUGGCGGUGGCGGCGGCGGGGCGCGAAGAAGUUCCGCUCCCGAGUGAUGCGGCACCUGGAGCGGGGAUGGAGGCGCCGUCGUCGUGGGAUCUCGGGCUCUUCUCGUUCCUCCUGGAGCGCCUCUUCUCCUUCUGCGGCGAGUUCGCCCAGGACUGGAGCAGCAACGACAUGAGGGUGACCAUCUUCAAGAUCCUCCUGGGCUGGCUGCUCGGCAGCUUGGUGGCUAUUCACAUGGCCUGGAAGUUUUACGGCGCCACAGUCAAUGACAUGUACUACAGGCAAGGUAGCGGAGGUCAGAAUGGAGGCACUCCGGAUGGCUCUUCAAACUUUACUAGUUGGGAAAAUCCCAGCGGCGAGUCAAUUAAAAGUCACAAAGAAUGAGUGAUGAUGAUGUGUGAAUUCUGCAGCUGAGACAUGCGGUGAUUUGCUGUGUGGAGUAAAGUUGUCGUGAACUUGGAAUGUUCGAACUGGUGUUGGAUGCUGGACUCUUCAAAGUUUUGAGUGUUGCCACCUGAUAACUUAAAAUGUGCCAUUGUGACUCAAUGCCGUUAAUUUGUUUUUAUUUUCUAAUACUCUUAGACUUUGCUGAGUAUCGGGGGAAGUAUAUGUUGACGUGUUGGCUAAAAAGUACCAGUAACUAAAAUGUUGAUCAUUUGAACAGAGAUGUGCUGGGCUUUUCAAGACUCCUCAGGAUUCAGAGCAGUGGUGGAAAAUGGAUCUUAUCUGAAGGAAAUCACAGAAUCAACGUGAUUCUGUUGGAUAAGAGUAAAUUCAAGUAGUGGUGGGUGUCAUUAUAUGAGCCCAGCAAUAGAUUAGUCAGGAACCAACAAGCAUUUAGUAGACUGUUCUCCUGUCACAAUGUUGUCCUAAAGGAACUUGUCAAGGGUGUACCAAUUUGGAUUGGGAAACUCCGAUCCAUACACUUUAGGUAGAAUGGUUAUAUACUAGUCCUCAAAGGCCAUCAAACUGCUUCUAUAUUGAUCCCUAAGUGCAACAGGGCAGGUUGUAGAUCUGAGAGGUAUUGUUAAGAAUUAACUUGUAAAACAGAGCAGUUUCAGAUUUAGAUGCCCUACAUGCUAUUGCUUUUUAUUUUGUCAUCUGUAUACAUGCAAAUAUUGACAGAACCAAAAUUUGUUUGUGUAUAGACAUGGUCAGCAAAGUUUAACUGCAGCAUUAUUAAUAGGAAGUUGGGCAGUCUUCUGAGGGAGUUAAAUAAAGUAAAAUGUUACUGUCUGAGGUAGUUUCUCAGUCUCCCUGUGACAAUAUAACAUUAAUUCUCCAUGCUGGGAGCAUCUUUUACCAACUUUAUGUACUGAGUGAAGCUAGUGGCCUAUAACCUGAUGGGGAAUCUGCAGCUUGAAUUUCAGUUUAAAUAACUAAAUUGGUGAAAAAUUCAGGAGCUUAUUUUACUUGAUAUCCGUAAUUAUGGUGGCACAACAUUGGUAUGCCAAUAUUAUGUAGCAUGAUUGUAGAAUGGUGGGUUCAUGCCAGGGACCUCCCCUGUGAGGUAAAUUUUUAAUCUUGAUCUUGCUGUUAGGAAAUAUUUUGGGAAAAACUUUCAACUAGUGGCAGCCUGUUUCUCACCGGAAAAACAGACUACUAGCUGUUGACAGUGCAUCUUGUACACCCAUUUCACCGCCUGAAUAAUCUUCUCAGGCAUGCCGUUAAAUGAGUGCCAGCGCUACUACCCGAAACAGGAGGGAGGUUGUUUGUAUGUUCAAAUCGAGAUCCUGCGCCGGUUGUAGAACCUAACUUUCAGAGAAAUGGGCAGAGCUCACACAGUGCGCAAGUUCCUGUCUAUGCUUUCAGAGGCCUGUUAUCCUUAAAAAGCCCUUUCCAAAAAGGUAAUUUAAUAUAAAAUGUAGUGGGCCAGGAGAAGCAGGAGUGCGCCAUUUGCUCUUACAAAAAUAUAGUGUAGCCAGUCCACUGCUGGCUUGUUUCACCACCCCUGACAACCACAACCCCUCCCAUUGUCCUUUGAAGACAGCAGAUUUUACUUGCCAUCCAGAUGAUUUUUUUGCCAUAGUAAACAGUGAGCUGAAGUAGACCCUCUGUUAGCAACAACUUACUGACAGAAUGUUACUGAGACCCAAACCAGGAAGAUUAUUCAGGUGGUUCGAGCCUUCCGGCUGCUGCAUUUGGUGGACAAUGCAGGAGCAUCACCGAUAUUGUACCUGUUUGGACCCAAACUGAAAUUACUCCAAUUUGGUGACGGUCACAUUGCUUUCCCAGAGGGAGAUAAAGCUUCACUUUGGAUUUGUGAAAAACUUUCUGACAGCCAGCUCGGGAGUUGGAUUGGGUAAGGAGUUGGACCAACUCGCUCCCUCUUCCCAAAAGCUUAAGGUAACACUUCCCAAUCAGCUGACUAGAUUUUCAUGCACUUACUACCAGGUUUAGCAUUCUGAGUGAAAUAGACUUUAUGCACAUCAUGUCUGUGAGGCAAGGGUGUUAUGAAAGUAACCCUUCUUGAAUAGAAUGAGAGCCUGAACUACUAGAAGUCAACAAUAUUCCACAGAAAUAAUCAGGAAUAGGAACCCACGACUAAAGUCAACUUAGCAUUAUUUAAAAAAUAAAUCAGUUAGUGGUGAUAAUUAAGAACAUUGCAUAGCCUAAAUAGAUACAUGAUGGUGGACUGUUAAUUACCAUUAAUCUUGAUCUGUGUUUCCAUUUAAAUCUCAAAUAAAUCACAGGUUGCAGUUUACAUUUUUCUAUUUUUGGCAAUCUGUCUCCAGUUAUCACUUUUUUUUUCUAUCGGGCUUCAUAAAACAACUAUUUUGGAAAUUAUGAUGCAAAAUGCUGUAAUGUAGCAAUAUUGCAGAGCAAUGUGGUUACCUUGUACCAGAAUGGAUAUUCAAAUUCAUCCAAUCUGAACACUGGGGUAACGCAAUAGUGUGUUUUUAGUACAUAUGUUUCUUUGCAGUCAUGGUAUAUUGUAUAUUUUCAAAACAAAAAUCCUUGAAGGAAAAUUAACUUCCGUCCACACAAAAGGUUGCCCAGGUUGAGAGCAGCUCAUGAAGGAUGCUAAGAGAUUUAUCUUUGUGUUUAAAUCAGUUUGCUGAAAUAAGGAUUGAAGUUUGAAAUGUAAACAGGCAUCUUCUGUUAGCACAUUGCUGGAAUAAAUUGCUAGUAAAAUCUCCAGGGGCAAAUACAAGAUACCAAAAUUACACUUCUAAUUUUAUGGUGCUCAGUAUGAGCCUUGACAUUUUUACAUUAUUGUUGUAUUUGUAUUGUGCUACCUUCUCUCCAGUUAGAUUCAAGAUAAGGAAGUGAUAGGGUUUGAUUCUAAGUUUACGUGAUAGCACAGCGUUCACGAAAAUUGAUUGUUAGCUAUUUAUUCCUUAUUCGGGGGGAGGGUGCGGGGUGAUGAUUCCAACGGAGAUAUGGAUAUAUGGGAGUCUUCUCAAGAAUAAUUCAUUAUUUAUGUACCAAUUUAACUUAUUCUCACUUUCACAUAUCUAAAAUUGAGUACUUGACAGUUUUACUAAUUAAGUGCAUGGGCACUAUUAUAGCCUGAAGUGGAGCUGUGAAACCCCUUCUCUCUGCCGUCUAUACUUGCGAAAUUCUGAGGUAUAAAUCCAGGCCUUUACUCAAGUUAUGUACUGAAACACAUAGAUGCAUGUACAAAUAACCUUUGUUUGAGCCAAAGACCAUUGGUAUCCUUAAACUGCUGUGUUUAGCGACAGCCAACUUUCAAUAAAAUUUAAGUGCUGCUUUUCUGAAUUUAAGAGAUAAUUGGGAAAUGGUAGCAAGAUAAUUUCUACUUCUUGUGAACUCCCCGGGUUGGGGGGGGGGGGGAAAUAAACCUAUGUUAAUGACUAGUGAAAUGUAAUCUAAUUACUACUUACACCAGGAAUGACCAGAAUUAGAAAUGUUGUGGGAUGGAAUUGAUAUAAUUUUUAAAUCCUACGUACAAGUGUGCCUUUAUGGGACGAUUUCCCACCCUUUAGUAAAGUAUUUUGGGUUGAGUUGGAAAUUUAUUAAUCUGAUUGUUCAGGUCAGGGUGCAGAAAAUUAUGGGUGGUCUGACUUUCAUUUAAAAAUGUACAAUGUAAGUGAUUGAGUUGGUGUGUGUUGGUUGUACUACAGGGCAUUACAAUCUAGAGUCUGAACUUCCUCACCCAUAAAACCCAUUUUCCAUACAACAAUCUUGUGGUUUUAGAUCAAUACUAUGUUGUCUCAGGAUUUAGGGCAUCCCAACCAUUGCUAGCAUCUGCCAAUAUUAAAGGACCUGGAUUCUGUACUUCCAUUGGCAUCCAAGAACUAAGUGUUUGUUUAUGGUAAAAAAAAUACCACCAACAGAAGAUACACCCUUGUUCUAUGUCAUAGGAUUGAGGUGUGGUGGAAGAAGAGAGAUUUUUCUUGAAUAUGAAGCUAUUUUAUUUCCUUUUUCCUACUCCUUUAUAAAAUCUCUGUCAUGCUUUCUCUACCCUGAAUCUGAUGACUAUUGCUGGGUUUGGCCAUUUGUAGCACCUGGUGCUUUGCCUAAGUGAGGUUGGUGAGUGGUUGCCCACACAUAAAUCAGAGUGGGGAAGAGACUAUCAUUACCAUGCCUUAUCAUGCCCUUACCUAUUGUCCUCUCACUUGCAUUUCCUCUGAAUAGCAAUCAAGAGCACUGCGUGAUUUUUCCAAUUCCCCCCCCACCCCCCUCCUACUCCCAGCUCCAGAGACCUUUGUAAUGCUCCCACUAGCUGAGCAAGACUUUUGUUAUUCCAUUCAUACAGGAAAGCACCCCACCACCAAAUACAUACUUCCUUGUUUUAUUUUUUUCUCCCUUCUUAUCUAGGUUCCUUUUAGCUGCGCAUCACAAUAUGCCCAAGGUGGUGACAUGUUUCAGACUGUUAUCAAAGCCUCUGUCAAACCGGAUACCAGCGCCUGUGCGUAUAUACAUAUAAAAUAAAUAUAUAUACCUCUUCACUUUGGAAGUACUUGACCUCUGCUUGUUAAUAUCCUACGCAAGAGAGGCAAGAUUAAUUACUCAAAACUUGGCGUGUGUUAUUAAUUGUGUGAUUAUUGUGCUACAUGUUGCAUAAGUUUUUGGGAAUUUUCUUUCUCCCACUGCCAAUACUUAACAAAUGCUCCUCAGUAAACAUUGGUCAGAAAAAUGGCUGAAACAAAAAUAAAGUGUGCCCUUUUGGAUUUAAGGCAUGAGCAGCCAUGUUUUGCCACAGUUUUAUGCAUAACAUUUUACAUGAAUGCAAGGAUGAUUUCUUUGACGUCCCUUUUGUACUGCAACAUUGUUACACCCUCACUAUAUUACAGUAAAAAUAAUGGAACUUUGGAUUUGGACAGCAGUAUGCCAAAAGUUGGUCUCAAGUCUCAACAGACCCUGGAUUGAUUGUACUGAAGUGAUGUAUAUUCUACUGAAAACAUUUUUCUAAUAUAAAUGUUUUGUACAUAAGCAGUACCAUUUUUGUAAAUCACUGUAAUCCAUAAAUUGGACAACCUUUGUAAACUUGUGCCCCUAAAGUUAAUUAACUUAUAUAUAUGUUUGGAAAUGGAAAGGUUUUCCUGAAUGCUGUAUAUUGGAAAAAAAAACUGCUGUAUGUGCGUGUGUGUAUAUAUAUGUAUAUUUAGCCUUAAUUUUGUUUUGGCGGGGGGGCUGUAUUUGAUUAAGUUUUUAAAUUGUAUAAAAUGAGAUGCAGAAACAAA